GGCGUCCGCGUUUCUCCGCAGCCUCUGACGGUGCACGACCUCUCCUUUCAAGGCCGAGAGGCGCGGGAGGCGCGGAGGGACUAUCCAUGGACCGGGCGGCCGUCGCGAGGGUGGGCGCUGUGGCGAGCGCCAGCGUGUGCGCCCUGGUGGCGGGGGUGGCGCUGGCCCAGUACUUGUUCACCUUGAAGAGGAAGACGGGCCGGAAGACCAAGAUCAUCGAGAUGAUGCCAGAAUUCCAGAAAAGUUCAGUUCACAUCAAGAACCCUGCAAGAGUAGAAGAGAUUAUCUGUGGUCUUAUCAAAGGAGGAGCUGCCAAACUUCAGAUCAUAACAGACUUUGAUAUGACACUGAGUAGAUUUUCCCAUGAAGGCAAGAGAUGCCCAACCUCUCAUUAUGUCAUUGACAACAGUAAACUGGUUACAGAUGAAUGUCGAAAAAAGUUAUGGCAACUAAAGGAAAAAUAUUAUGCUAUUGAAAUUGAUCCUGUUCUUACCAUAGACGAGAAGUACCCUUACAUGGUAGAGUGGUAUACUAAGUCACAUGGUUUGCUUAUUGAACAGGCUUUACCAAAAGCUAAACUGAAAGAAAUUGUGGCAGAAUCUGAUGUUAUGCUCAAGGAGGGAUAUGAGAAUUUCUUUGAUAAGCUCCAGCAAUACAGUAUCCCUGUGUUUAUAUUUUCGGCUGGUAUCGGUGAUAUACUAGAAGAGGUUAUCCGUCAAGCUGGUGUUUACCAUCCAAAUAUCACAGUAGUGUCCAACUUCAUGGAUUUUGAUGACAAUGGUAUACUCAAAGGAUUUAAAGGAGAACUAAUUCAUGUAUAUAACAAACAUGAUGGUGCCUUGAAGAAUACAGACUAUUUCAGUCAACUAAAAGACAAUAGCAAUAUAAUUCUGCUGGGAGACUCUCAAGGAGACAUAAGAAUGGCAGAUGGAGUAGCUAAUGUUGAAUAUAUUCUGAAAAUUGGAUAUCUAAAUGACAGAGUGGAUGAGCUUUUAGCAAAGUACAUGGACUCUUAUGAUAUUGUUCUAGUAAAAGAUGAAUCACUGGAUGUAGCCAACUCUAUCUUACAGAAGAUUCUAUAAACAAGCAUUCUUUAAGAAGUCUUCUGUCCGAUGGGUGCAACUGAUGCAAGAACUGCUCAUUUUUUCAUCUUGCUGAAAGCCUUUUAUUUAUAAUAUAUUCUUGCUCUUGAAGUUUCUCCUCCACAUGACUGAAGUAUUUUCAGACACGUUGUAUCCAUCAACUGGAAGCUCCAUUUAGUCAGCCUCUCUCAACACACUCCUCACUAUAUUUUUUAACAGAUUAAAAAAAAACUCAUAAAGCCAAAAUUUGAAAAAUAACUUUCUACUUUUCUAGAAAGACUUUUGUAAUUUAAUGUUAUGAAGUUUUGGAGGAAUCUUUGUACACUGGGAAAGUUUGUAGAAGUUUUAAAAGAAAUUUAAUGAAAUGGUAAAAUAUGCAUGAUUUUAAAUGUAGCCAUUUUGUAAUUUGGGUGAAUUACACAGGUGGUGUCACCAUUUCCUGAAAUUAUGUUAUGUUUGGUUAUUUUGUUUGGUGAGUAUCAAUAUUUACCAGAAAAUACUAGCACUUAGUAUUUGAAACAACUAUUGGUAUUAUCCACAUCACUAAUCAUUAUAAAAUGUUCUCUAGUGCAGCACUGAAAAUAAACAGGAAAUGAAAACUUUAA